AUGGCCGAUUACUCGGCUUACCAAAGGGGACCAGGCCACGCUUUCUACCCGCAGCACGCACAAAACCAUCUUCAAUCACGAAACCUCCCGAACCGAGUGCGAUCGCCGACUACUAGUGGCCGCAUACCCUUCAAUAACCCAGACACCCCCUCUCCGUCGCGCUCCUCGGGCGCACAGUCGCCGCAGCAGUUCGGCAUGUUCAAUCAAGGCCACGGUCAUAGCAACCAGGGCCACAACGUGAUGAUGAAUGGAGGAAACAGCCAUCAGCGAUACACGAUGCAGAUGAACCUAGGCAAACCGUUCCAACAUAAUCCUAGCCAUCAGCAUCACGGUCAAACGCAUCAUCAACACCAGGACCAUGGAACAGGCACGCAUGCAAAUCAGUUCAACCACCAGCACAAUGUUUCUAGCGGAGGCAUCUCGAACGUACAGCCUCACUUCAGUCAAAACCAUCUGCAAAACGGAACCCCGGGAAGUGUGCACAGCGGACUCAAUAAACCGGUCAGCGAACACUGGGCAGAACAAUUGAAGUUAGCGCAAAUGGCUCGCGAGAUGACGCAGUCCCACUCCCAUGCGAGGAAUCACCCUAGUGUGAACAAGAACGUGAUCGCUGGAACCAACAGCGGCACUCAGAAAGAGUCUGAUAAGGAGGAGCGUAACAGGCCUGCGGGGCAGAUGAUUCAGGAUGGCAAAGAGAACCAUGUCUGGACUAUCCUCGACUUUGGCGGCCAAAACUUGAAAACCUUGACACCGACCUUGUUCCAAUACACGUUUCUUACGAAGCUGUACCUAAACUCUAACAAACUUUCCACACUCCCUGCGGGCGUCGGAAGGCUCAGGAACCUCACUCACUUAGAUGCGUCGUUGAACGAGCUACGGACACUACCCCCCGAAAUCGGUAUGAUUGUCGGGCUGAAGCAACUGCUUCUUUUCGACAACAACAUCAAUUACUUGCCGCCCGAACUUGGGUCUUUGUUUCACCUGGAAGUGCUCGGUGUAGAUGGUAACCCAAUUCCUAGCGAACACAAAGAGAUCAUCAUGGAAGAGAACGGAACUUCCAAACUCAUCGAACACUUCCGUGAAACUGCGCCAGGCCCUGAAGCUCCAAUGGAGCGAGACAUCAUCCAGCUUGACGAAGUAGCUGCCGAACAAGAAACAGUAUCUGCACUCAGCUACAAUAUCCUCUGCGACAAGUACUGCACUCCUUCUCAAUACGGGUACACUGCAAGUGGAGCUUUGGACUGGGAGCACCGAAGAGAGACUAUCCUCGCCGAACUUCGGGACAGGAAUGCUGAUAUCCUCUGCCUGCAAGAGAUUGAUCAGGAAUCUUAUAAUGACUUCUUUCGGCCCGCCCUGGCGCACAACGACUAUAAAGGCAUGUUUUGGACCAAGACUCGAGCGAGAACGAUGGUAGAGAAGGAUGCUAAACUUGUCGAUGGGUGUGCUAUCUUCUACAAGAACAGCAAGUAUGUCUUGUUGGACAAACAGCUCAUUGACUUCACGAAUAUCGCCAUCAAUCGUCCAGACAUGAAAGGAGAACAUGACAUCUUCAACCGGGUUAUGCCUCGGGACGAUAUUGCUGUCAUUGCCUUCCUCGAGAACCGCGCAACAGGUUCAAGGCUGAUUGUUGGUAACGUACACGUAUUCUGGAACCCCCUUUUCACGGAUGUCAAAAUAGUGCAAGUGGCGAUCUUGUUGGAGUCAAUUACCAAGUUUGCAAACAAGUGGGCCAAGCAUCCUCCUUGCACGGACAAGGUACUCUAUCGCUUUGCGAACGGCGAUGACGAGGAAGGAAACCCAAUAGCGGAUAAUACGCAGACGCCGGGGCCUUCACUGGAAUACUCGGACGCUGCCCAAAUUCCGCUCCUACUUUGCGGUGAUUUCAACUCAACGCCUACGUCGAGCAUCUACGAUUUCAUCACAUCGGGCAGCAUGUCAAACCAGCACGAAGAUUUGGGUAGUCGUAACUACGGUAACUUGACGAGGAACGGCGUAUCGCAUCCCUUCAGUCUGAAAUCUAGCUACUCACCAAUUGGCGAGUUGAAGUUCACCAACUACACUCCAAACUUCACUGGUGUACUUGACUACAUUUGGUACUCAACAAACACGUUGCAAGUCGUUGAGCUUCUCGGAGAUAUUGACUCUGAUUACCUCAAGCGCGUGCCCGGAUUCCCGAACUACCACUUCCCGUCAGAUCACGUUGCCCUUUUCGCUCGAUACGUGGUGAGGAGCAAGAAAGAGAAGAGGGCGAUCGUAGAGCCAGACUUUGGACAGGGACGCGACCGCGACCGGGAUCGACAACGGUAG